GCGACACGCAGAGGGGGCGGGGCAUGCAUGUGACGGCGGCGCGGGUGGUGGAGCGCUGGGCGGCCAGGCUGCUUGACUGGCCGGCUUGGGCGUCUGGGCCGUGAAGGUGGAACCGCCUGUUCUGGGCGGCAAGUUUCUCUCUCCAGCCGCCCGCCGUUCGUAGCAUGUCCCCCAGAACCCGGGGAGCGCAGGCAGGACUGGCUUAGAGAAGACGCGGUCCCCAGCGCUUGGGCCACGGACGUCGCACCCCGCUCCUCUGUCGCUGGAGAACCGCCGGGCCGAGCCACUGGGAGAAGCAGGCCAGAGCCUUCCAGGGCCUCCGGCCCGUGGACCCGAGGAGGAUGAGCUGGCUCUUUCCCCUGACCAAGAGCGCCUCCUCCUCCGCGGCUGGGUCCCCCGGUGGCCUCACCAGCCUCCAGCAGCAGAAGCAGCGCCUGAUCGAGUCCCUCCGGAACUCACACUCCAGUAUAGCCGAAAUACAGAAAGAUGUGGAAUACAGAUUGCCAUUCACCAUAAACAACCUGACAAUUAACAUUAAUAUAUUGCUUCCUCCACAGUUUCCUCAGGAAAAACCAGUGAUCAGUGUUUAUCCACCAAUACGACAUCACUUAAUGGAUAAACAAGGAGUGUAUGUUACCUCUCCAUUAGUAAACAAUUUUACAAUGCACUCAGAUCUUGGAAAAAUUAUUCAGAGUCUGUUGGAUGAGUUUUGGAAGAAUCCUCCGGUUUUAGCUCCUACUUCAACAGCAUUUCCUUAUCUAUACAGUAACCCAAGUGGGAUGUCUCCUUAUGCUUCUCAGGGUUUUCCAUUUCUUCCUCCAUAUCCUCCACAAGAAGCAAACAGGAGUAUCACUUCUUUAUCUGUUGCUGACACUGUUUCUUCUUCAACAACAAGUCAUACCACAGCUAAGCCUGCCGCUCCUUCAUUUGGUGUCCUUUCAAAUCUGCCAUUACCCAUUCCCACAAUGGAUGCUUCAAUACCGACAAGCCAAAAUGGUUUUGGUUACAAGAUGCCAGAUGUCCCUGAUGCAUUUCCAGAACUCUCAGAACUAAGUGUGUCACAACUCACAGAUAUGAAUGAACAAGAGGAGGUAUUACUAGAACAGUUUCUGACUUUGCCUCAACUAAAACAAAUUAUUACCGACAAAGAUGACUUAGUAAAAAGUAUUGAGGAACUAGCAAGAAAAAAUCUCCUUUUGGAACCCAGCUUGGAAGCCAAAAGGCAAGCUGUUUUAGAUAAGUAUGAAUUACUUACACAGAUGAAGUCUACUUUUGAAAAGAAGAUGCAAAGGCAGCAUGAACUUAGUGAGAGCUGUAGUGCAAGUGCCCUUCAGGCAAGAUUGAAAGUAGCUGCACAUGAAGCUGAGGAAGAAUCUGAUAAUAUUGCAGAAGACUUCUUGGAGGGAAAGAUGGAAAUAGAUGAUUUUCUCAGUAGCUUCAUGGAAAAGAGAACAAUUUGCCACUGUAGAAGAGCCAAGGAAGAGAAACUUCAGCAGGCAAUAGCAAUGCACAGCCAAUUUCAUGCUCCACUAUAGACAUACACUGUCAAAUGGAAGAAAUUAAAGCCGCAUCCUCAAUAUUAGGCAACAGAGUUUCUAAGAGUGGACAGCUCCAAGAAGGUUGUGAAGUGAGUUACGAUAUAAAAAUGUGAAAGCCAUUACCACUAUAUCCUAAGUUUUAUUUUAGCAAGAUAUUCCCUAUUACAUAUAGUAUAUUGCAGAAAAUGAAUAAACAUUCCUUGUACUUAAUUUGGGAACUGCUCAGCAGAGAAUGCCCAAAUUUUAUAUUCUGAAAGAAUUACACUUGCUUUAUUUUUUACAUUAACAAUACUUCUAUAUCACAGUUCUCUAAUAUAUUCUAUUUUUAAAUAUGAUGAACACAAUUAAAUGUUUUCAUUUAUAUAUAUUGCAACACUCCCUCCAGAUCUUUCAUACUAGAGAGAUCAGCAAUGUUGCUUUCUUGCCCUCUUGACUUUGUCCUCAUUUCAGCGAAAUGUAAUACAUUCUCCCAUAAAAAAAAUCACAUAUUCAAAAUAUUGAUGUAAAUUGUAAAGUUUAAAUUAAUCCUUUCACAUAUUGAAAAUAUUGAUGUAAAUUGUAAAGUUUAAUCCUUUUACAUUCUAGAAUGUACUAAUAUAUUAAAACCAUACAGUGUGAAUACCAUUUAUUUAUGUCCAAACAUGGCCACUUUUCCCCAGUAAGUUUCAUUUAGGUCACCUAGUGAGGUCUUUUUUAACUCAUAAGAAAGGGGAGGGACUCUCCCUCAAAUGUGCAGUGUAACAAAACAAAAAUUCUUUUCAGAACUUUCAGCAGUCAGUGGUCAUGAGAUGUUACUAAGGUUAAUGAAACCAUAUUGGCCAGUUACAUAAUUUCUAAAAUGAUAGAUUACAAAACCUAUUCCCUUCAUUAAACAGACAUGACAACCCAAUUCUCUGGUUCUUGAAACUGGAUUUUCACUCACAGAUGUUUUAUCUACUAACUUUAUAAUGUGAUACUUUGAGAUCAGGCUGGUGGCUGGCCCACACUGUCGGUAGUGUAGUCUCUAGAAUAGUAAUAAAAGGUUAUUAUAAGAAAGCUGAUACUUAAAUUCAUAUGUAAGACCAGGAGAAUGAAUGUUGCUUCUGCCUCGUUAGCUAUUAAAUCAGUGUUAGAGAAAAAGUGAGAUACAAGGUUUAGCAUUUUUAAAUAAUGAGGAGAAACAGACUAUAGAUCUCAGAGAAAAGCAACAAAAUUAUUCUAACAAUUCAAAAUAUAUGCUCUAAGGAAAAGUUAAAGUGAUGAUUAUGCCUGAAAGAUAAGCAAUUAAAAGCUCCUUAGGAAUGCAUCUGUCAACCAAAAAGCGUGCAUCUCACCAAUGUGCCUGUUUUUAGAAAUAUGUAUAAGAGGGUCGGAAAGGAGGAUAAUGUCAGAUGCUUUAGAAAACACAAAAUAUGCAUCUGGAAGUGAACUAAAAGAAUCAUGAUGAUCACAGAUGUGAGGGAAAGGAGUGGAGGCUUUUUGAGAGAUGCAUGCUAUGACAAGGAAGAUAUAUACUGAUCACUUCAGGUAAUGACAGAAGUAAUUGCUCUGCAGUGAAUAUAAUUUUCAUAGUCUGGGAUGAGCUUCAAAAUGGUGAAUAAUUUUCCUUAUAUUUGAUAAAUGAAAUGACUACGUCCUCUUCAGUAUCUAAGAAAUCAAGAACUGGGCACUUUUUUCCCUUUUCAGAGCUGCAUUAAAAUAGUUCUCAAUGACAUGCAUCAUUUCUUGUUUUUAUGAUAAACUACCUUGUUCCCUUCUUUUUGGAAGUGUUGCUUAUGUGUCCUUUACUUUGGAACUCCAAAGGGAAACUUCAGGCCGUGAGAAACACGGCUUCAUCAGAAUCCCGGUCCUUGCCACUGUCUUCACUCGGUGCAUGCUCACCGCCACUUGGAGACCGACAGCUCAAAUCCUCCACCCCGGACUCUUGGUCACUGUUGGCUGACAGAUCUGGAUCUGAACUUUUCAGAUUGUCUUGGGUUAGAAUCAGAGCAGAAUCUUCAUCACCUUGUGAAGGGCUCCGGGAUGGAAAUGAUUUCAUAUUCCCACUGUAAUCCUGGGGAGUGUUGGCUAUGCUGUUGUCUGAGGUAGAAAACCCUGAGUGCUUGCUGGGCUCACUUUGCUUACUCUUCACCUUAGUGCAAUUUAACUGGACCUUUUGAAUUUUUUCCAGCCUCUAAGAAAGAAAGAACAAUUUCGGGGAAAAAUCAUAAAUAAUUUAUCUUUUUCUAUAUAUGCAUGCCUUUAGCAUUUGUUACCUCCCAGGUGGGUAUAAUGUUAAGAACAUGUGACUCAGAGGGAUGUGAGUUCAAACCUGGACUUCACGACCUUGGACAAAAUCUGUGAGGGCCUGCUUUCUUUAUCUCUAAGGUAAGGAUAAUACCUGCCUUGACAUAGGUUUUCUGUAAUCAUAAACAAUAUAGCACAGUUGAAGCACCCAGUGAACCCUAGUCUCCCUCUUUUCUAUACCUACAUGGUUUCAAAUGACGAGUGUCAUCCCAUGAACUCAAAAAAUAUUUUUCAGAAAUUAGGAAUGAAGUGUUUAUCAUCUAACUUUUAUACUGAGAUACAAUUCACUUACCAUGAAACUCACCCUUUUAAAGUAUACAAUUCAGUGGUUUUUAGUUAUAUUCACAAGGUUGUGCAACGAUCACUACUAAUUAUAAAAUACUGUCAUCACCUCCCCUGCCGAAAGAAAACCCCAUACUCAUUAGCAGUCAUUCCCCAUUCCUAUCUCCCCACAGCCCCUGGCUACUACUGAUUAACUUCUAUCUCUAAGGGUUUGCCUAGUCUAGAUGUUUUAUAUAAAUUGAAUGGAAUCAUACAACAUGUGGAUUUUUGUAUCUGGCUUCCUUCACUUAGCUUAUGUUCUCAAAAUUCAUUCAUGGUACAACAUGUAUCAGUACUUCAUUCCUUUUUCUGGCUGAACAGUAUUCCAUUACAUGGAUAUACCACAUUUUGUUCUACAUUCAUCAUGUCAUGGACACUUGGGUUGUUCAGAAUACAUUUUACCAGAUUUCAUGUUUUGAUGUUAACAGAGGAGGUGUUAUAAGAUCAAGUAUUAUGUAUUCAUUCAAAACCAUUCAUUUAGGUUAUGUGCAAAAGCACUGUGCUGGGCAGUGUGAGGAACAGAGAUAAAUACAGACCCAGCCCUAAGGAACAUGGAGUAGUGGAGCAGACAGAGGCAGAGUUUCAAAAAGGCAAAAGUUCUUGAAGAGGGAUGAAGUGGUAAGGUUAGAAGGAAGAGAACAGACUAAGUUUCAGGGAGGAAGGAACAUUUUAACAGGACUGUGAAAGAUUUAAACUUGGACAUUCUGGUGAUAGCUAGUAAGCAUUCCUGACAGGAGGAGGGACAGUGAGAGGACAAACACAAAGGUAGGAAGGUCUAAAUUGUAUACAAGCAGCAGAAACCAUUAAAUAUUAGCAUGGAAAAUAAAGCUGAAAAGAGAAAAUCUCAAAUGCCAGCCUAAGGAAUUUUGAUUUUGUAAUAAGGAAGAGCCAGUUUUAAAGAGCCAGAUUGCUAGAAUAGACUAAUAGAAUAAAUACUAAGAUGUUCAUAAACUACAUUAGUACCAUUGGAAACAAAGUUAUCCAAUUAGGAAAAGCAUUUUAUUAUAACCUCCCUGUCCAAGUACAGGGAAGUUAAUAGAAGCCAAAAGACAGACUUUAUAGUCAGUCUCCCCUUUUACCAAUUAUAGAUUAAUAUAAUAGUUACAUAAUUUUUAAAACUGGAGAAAGAUUUUUACAAGUACAUAUAUUUGAUUUUAUUCUUUUACUGUUUCACACUUUGCAGAAAAAAAUUAAUUUUACUACUCUCAAAUAACAGUAACCAAAAAAGUUGACCUAAAAUAAGGAACAACCAAAAAUUUGUGGAACUGAGCCACAAGCCAGAUGUGUGAAAUGCAUUAAAUGCCUAGGUUUGGGCUUCGGUUAUCUGAGUCCUGACCUGGAUGGGGUUGUGUUUUAGGUGUUCUACUGGCUAAAAAUGUGAAAUAUUUGUAUUGCACUGAAUCUUAAGAGGCUUUCAUGAAGCCUUGCUCUUCAAGAAAUAAGCACAGAAAAUAGAUUAACAAAGCAAGUAUGUCUUACUUCUUCCAGGGCCUCUAGUUCUUCCUCUAGCUGCUGAGUUUCCUCUUUCACUGCCAUUAGGUAAUCUGUAACUGAUUGUCGGGGCUGCAUCCCCUUUUCAAAGCGGUUAUACAUUCCACUCCAAAACCUGGAAAGGACGGCAAAGCGUCAUGAUACCACCUUAUCACAGUCUGAAAAUUCACAUCCUCCAGUCUUCUAAGGUAUCUGUGAUACCACAGUCUUAAUAAUAACCAAAUGCAAAUUUCAGCCUCAAAAAGCCACUACUUAAUGUAAUAAUUUCAUGUUGAUGUUUUUUUCUUGGGUCAGUAAAUGCCUUUUGGGGAGAAUAAGUUUAUGAAAAGUCUACUUGUAUAUAUGAAUUAGAAAGCACAGAAUACAUUUUUCUAAAAGUAAAAUAGCACAUGUAACCAUUUUCUUUUAAGAAAAUGGCUCUUAGUUUUGAACUUUGAAAUUGUAUAUUUAGAAUCUUUCAGCUACAAAGGGAAUCUUAAACUUGCAGCUUUUAUCUUUUGUAUCACUACCACUAAAAGUUGACAUUUGCACUUGCAAUACCCCCCCCCUUUUUUUUUUAAUGGCAGAGUUUCGCUCUUGUCACCCAAACCGAAGUUCAGUGGUGUGAUAUCGGCUCCCUGCAACCUCCACCUCGCGGGUUCAAGCGAUUCUCCUGCCUCAGCCUCCCAAGUACCUGGGAUUACAGGCAUGCACCACCAUACCUAAUUUUAUAUUUUUUUUAGUAGAGACGGGGUUUCACCAUGUUGGUCAGGUUGGUCAUGAACUCCUGACCUCAGGUGAUCCACCCGCCUCACCGUCCCAAAGUGCUGGGAUUACGGGCGGGAGCCACCACACCUUACCAAUAAAUCCCUUUUUAUCCUACACAAAAAAGCAACUGGAAUGCAAAUGAGAAAAAUGGUGUAUCAUGGAGUUAUCCUUAGACCCACUAUUUUAUUUACAUAGAUAAGUAAGUACUUUGAGGGCAAGGACUUGGUGUCAUUGUUUUAUCUGCAGUGCCCAGAACAGUGUUUGAUCCUCAAUAAAAUAUGUGUUGACCAGCUGUUAAUAAUAAAUUAGUUGCAAUCCAAUUGGUCAUAUCUCAACAGCUCUUAAAACUUGUUUUACGUGCACUAUGGAGGCUUUUGUUUAGUAUGAUAGAAAAUUCUGCUAUAAAUUCUGAGAAAAUAAUUAGAUUGAAAUAAUUAAGAAAAAAAACCUUGAGAAACAAAAUCUAUACAGGAAGAAAAGCCAUCAAGUCUGUGUCGGGAGUGAGUAGGAAGAAAGAGAUGGGGUUUCUGUUUAUUCUGUAUGAGGCUUUUGAUGUUGUUCACCUUUGAGUUUUUUCAUAUUAUACAAGCCUAGCAAGGAAGCCAAAGGAAAAAACAUACGUGUCUAGCACAUACCUAGUAGAACCUGUAGGAUGCCACCCUGCUCUCCCCAUCCUCCUCAUACAUAGAAUCUUUUUUUUUUUUUUUGAGAUGGAGUUUCGCUCUUGUUGCCCAGGCUGGAGUGCAGUGGCGCAAUCUCGGCUCACCACAACCUCCACCUCCCUAGUUCAAGUGAUUCUCCUGCCUCAGCCUCCCGAGUAGCUAGGAUUACAGGCGCCCACCAUCAUGCCCAGCUAAUUUUUGUAUUUUUAGUAGAGACGGGGUCUCGCCAUGUUGGCCAGGCUUGUCUUGAACUCCUGACCUCGGGUGAUCCACCCGCCUCGGCCGACACAUACAGUCUUAACGUAAUUUCCACAAGGGAAGUAUUUCCAGUAGGACUUAAUUCAGUGGAGACAAAAAGGCAAGCUAUUAUGUUGGUGCAAAAGUAAUUGCGGUUUUUGCCUUUUUGUUGUUUAAACUAACCGCAAAAACCACAAUUACUUUUGCUCCAACCUUAAUAAGUCAUGAUCACUGUUGAAACUUGUGAUUCCACAUUUGACUUAAGGCAUUUGCAUUAUUCUCUUUCGUUUGCUUUUAAAAAAAUAAAUUGGAACUUACCUUUUUAUGAUAUCAUUAUUAUAAAACAUCACCUCCUGAAGAAAAUUCCACAUUUAGGAGGAAUAAAGAGGCAGAGGAGACACUGGCAAAAAUACCAGAUGAGAUAUUCAAGCAUCUCCUUCUGGUGUCUUUUGGGUCCAACAAAAGCCUCAGAGAUCCGUGUCAUACACUUUGACCUCUGAAUGUUAAACGGUACCAGAAUCCAAGUUCAUACCAUAGCUACAAAGUUCCUAAGGAUUUACAUACUUGUACAUGAAGUUACAUGGUAUUGUAGGGAGAUGAAGGGUUCCCUGAGUCUGGCUGUGAUCAGCUCUAAACAGAGGAUUCAGGUAGUCGGCCCGAUUCUUCCACAGGUGAGCCCAUAAUGAGUAUGUUCUUUCUUGAAUCCUGUUAUAAAGAAAAUAAGUCUAUAAAUUACCUGUUUUGGUGCUUACACAUAGUAGAUAUGUUAUAUUAAUGCUGGAAAGGAACUAAUAAUUGUUACCUGAAAACCACGUGUCUGUUCGAUAGCAGGUAGAUGUAUCAUCUUGGUGACUUCAUGGUAUAGAGGGAGAACACUGUAAUAAUCUCAACUUCACCACCAUCUGUACUGGCCUUGACAAGGUGUUCGAUUCCUUUAAGUGUGUGUGUGUGUGUGUGUGUGUGUGUGUGUGUGUGUGUGUGUGUGUGUGUGUGUGUGUGUGUGUGUGUGUGUGUGUGUGUGUGUGUGUGUGUGUGUGUGUGUGUGUGUGUGUGUGUGUGUGUGUGUGUGUGUGUGUGUGUGUGUGUGUGUGUGUGUUAAGCUGUUCUUUUGGGGGGAGUUUUUUCCCCCAAAUAGUCAUUGGACAUUUAUAAUUUGUCAGACACUAUUCUAAAUGUUUCACAUGUUUUCUCUCAUUUAAUCCUCACUGAGUUGCUAUGAGGUAUGUCUAAUUUACAGAUGAGGAAACUGAGGAAGAGAGAGAGUAAGUGGUUUCUCAAAGUCCUAUAGCUAGUAAGUGAAAAAGCCAUAUUCAGACCCAAGCAGAUACUGUUAGAAUUGGCUAGUCAGGUACAAGAAAACAGGUGACCCUGAAGGAUACACUCUGCUCCUUCUAAAUCAUCUCCAUGGAAUCACACUUGAGCUUCCUUAGAGAAAAAAAACUAGUAUCCACUACAAAAAUUAAUUUUAUGAGUCCAUUUCAUUUGAAAUGAUCAUUCCCCAAAUUAAAUCUGAUAAUGUUGUAUAUAUCAUAGUUAAAAUAAUUUCAUUUUUUGAAAAUUUAAAAAAUGUUCUCUCAUUUAUACUGCCUAAAUCACUUUGUUGUUGUAAGGUUUUUACUAUCACUUAUUUUAAAGUCCACAUUUUAUCUACUUUUACCCUUGGAUAAAUCAAUACAGUUUUAAUCUAAAUAAAUUCUGGCUUUUAUAUUUGCUUUCCCAAUUAAAUUUGCAAUUUUUAUUAUGGUAGCAUAGCCACCAAAGAUAUCUAACCUUUUCCUUUUAAAUGCAAAAACCACUUUUUUGACUCCAGAAAAUUCCCUUUCGAUAUUCGUGCAUCAAGUCUGUCAAGCUGCCUGUGUAUCAGGCAGAAACUGAGGGAAAAAAACUGUAUUUAUCUGUCAGUUGAUGACAUUUAAACCAUUUCUGAAAUGAUGCCAGGAAAAAGAAAAUAAAACUAAUCUGUCAGUAUAGGUAUGUGACUAAAUGAAAAAAGUCUUCAAAAUUAUGAAAGGCCACCUAAAAUUCUCAGUCAUCAAAAUCUUUAAAUAAAAGUUAAACAACCAAAAACACCAAAACACUUACUUGAGUUCUUGUCUCUCCUUUUGGCUGUUACAUAGGAAGUUUCCAAACUGGCAAGAAUAAAUGUGAUGUUGAAUGUGAAUCAAAAACCUCUCAUUGAACUCAAAGGCACAGGGAAAUUGUUCCAUUAACUGCCAGACACACUCAAUGAACUGGUCAAUAACUGGAGAGAUUUCUUUUGGGUCACCAUCUAGAUUGCCAUAUCUAUAAAACAAAGCAUUAGAGACUUUUCAAGGCAGAUUUAUUUUUAAAUUAGAAAGCCAUAAAUGCAAAAACAACCAUAAAAGCAACCCUAGUUCCUAAAUAAAUCUUAUCUUACAAACUUGCAAUGACAAAAAAAGUAGAAAAGUUAAGAUUUUAAAUUCAAAUUUCCAGAGCAACUUUGUAGUGAAGGUCUGGAUAGAAGGGAUGCGUUCACGUUAUAGUUACAAAAGAAAGUGUUAGUGCAAGAAAUAAAAUUCAAAGACACUUUCCACAGAAAAAGGGCAUUUUUAAAUUCAUUGCUUAAAAGUACAUUAGAACUUUUAAAAUAAAUGUUGCACUUUAUGAGCGGGUGAGAAGAAAUGUCCAAACAACUUUAGGGCUCUUCAUUUUUUGCACUGUUUUGUUGGGAAGGGAUGAGGAAAAAGACAACUUGAAAAAAAAAUCGUGGUUUCCCAAGUUGCCAGGAAUAUUCCCAUUUCUAAAGCGGUUAAAGCUUGUCACAUGAUUUAUUUCCAUGUGACCACAGAUUCCACAUGUAUUUUUAUUUUAUCUCCCAUUGCUUUGCUUUUUCAAGAGCACAUCAGAAUCGUCUUCCUCAAAUUUGUAUUGAUUUUAAAAUGAAGACUCCUUAGCCCUUUACACUAUUGUGUGAGUUUUACAGAGAAUCCAAAAGGAUGUUUUGGUGUCAUCAAAGACAAAAUAACAAUAUAGAACCCUGUGUUAGUAAGAGAUCAUCACCUUGAGGAAGAGAAAUGAGCAAUGAUCAGUUUUAGAGUUUUCCCAAGAGUGGGAACAUUGGAAAUUGUCUAGAAACUUCUCAGAUGUUACAGUUUCUCACCUUUGGUAGCUUUAAAAAGUGUUGCCUAGGCUAGCCAUAUGUAGAAAGCUGAAACUGGAUCCCUUCCUUACACCUUAUACAAAAAUUAAUUCAAGAUGGAUUAAAGACUUAAAUGUUAGAACUAAAACCAUAAAAACCCUAGAAGAAAACCUAGGCAAUACCAUUCAGGACAUAGGCAUGGACAAGGACUUCAUGUCUAAAACACCAAAAGCAAUGGCAACAAAAGCCAAAAUUGACAAAUGGGAUCUAAUUAAACUCAAGAGCUUCUGCACAGCAAAAGAAACUACCAUCAGAGUGAACAGGCAACCUACAAAAUGGGAGAAAAUUUUUGCAACCUAAACGUCUGACAAAGGGCUAAUAUCCAGAAUCUACAAUGAACUCAAAACAAAUUUACAAGAAAAAAACAACCCCAUCAAACAGUGGGCAAAGGAUAUGAACAGACACUUCUCAAAAGAAGACAUUUAUGCAGCCAAAAAACAUGAAAAAAUGCUCAUCAUCACUGGCCAUCAGAGAAAUGCAAAUGAAAACCACAAUGAGAUACCAUCUCACACCAGUUAGAAUGGUGAUCAUUAAAAAGUCAGGAAACAACAGGUGCUGGAGAGGAUGUGGAGAAAUAGGAACACUUUUACACUGUUGGUGGGACUGUAAACUAGUUCAACCAUUGUGGAAGUCAGUGUGGUGAUUCCUCAGGGAUCUAGAACUAGAAAUACCAUUUGACCCAGCCAUCCCAUUACUGGGUAUAUACGCAAAGGAUUAUAAAUCAUGCUGCUAUAAAGACACAUGCACAUGUAUGUUUAUAGCAGCACUAUUCACAAUAGCAAAGACUUGGAACCAACCUAAAUGUCCAACAACGAUAGAAUGAAUUAAGAAAAUGUGGCACAUAUACACCAUGGAAUACUAUGCAGCCAUAAAAAAUGAUGAGUUCAUGUCCUUUGUAGGGACAUGGAUGAAACUGGAAACCAUCAUUCUCAGCAAACGAUCACAAGGACAAAAAACCAAACACCACAUGUUCUCACUCAUAGGUGGGAAUUGAACAAUGAGAACACAUGGACACGGGAAGGGGAACAUCACACACCAGGGACUGUUGUGGGGUGGGGGGAGGGGGGAGGAAUAGCAUUAGGAGAUAUACCUAAUGCUAAAUGAUGAGUUAAUGGGUGCAGCACACCAACAUGGCACAUGUAUACAUAUGUAACAAACCUGUAUGUUGUACACAUGUACCCUAAAACUUAAAGUAUAAUAAUAAUAAAAUUAAAAAAUAAAAAAAUGAGGAAGAAAAAAUUGCAUUAUGGGAGAAUAUGAUUUAUUUUAGCAUAAAGUGAAUUUUAGUCUUUUAUGGCUUCAGAAUUAUUUCAAAAUAAACUUUAUUGAAAAUCAAAAAAAGGGUUGCCUAAUAUUAAUGUAUUUUUUCCUUAUCAAACAAUUAUCUAGCUGAUCUUCAGUCAUUUCGAUAUUCUCUCUGUCAUCUGUCGCCUAUCUUGGAGAUCCUAACUGCCUAGCAUAUAAUAUUAAUAGAACCCCAAACUGAAAAUAAUGCCAUGUUAAGAAGUUUAUCUAAUUGAGGGCUUUAAUUUUCUCAUUUGUAAAUGGAAUUCCUAUGCUUUCCUGGAAAAAAUUAGAAAAAUAGAAUUCCUGAAAAUCACAGAAUUAGUGAUCAAUUAAUGCUAAAAGCAAAAAACUACAAAAAUACACUUGAGCAGUUGCAUGCAUUUAGAAUUUUAAGAAAACACAGUAAAACAUCUGAAAAUAUAUAUCAAACUAAUGAAACUUGCUGCCUAAAUUUAAAUUUUAUCACCAAAGAUUAAACUAAGUACAGCUAUACUAUUUAAAAUUCAAAGAGUAGAAAACGCCAGAACACAAUACAGGCAUCAUCAACACUGACAAAAGUAGACUGGUGGCUCCCAAAACAACAGCCUCGGCAUCCCCAUUCCACAGAUGAGAGACCAAAGGUCAGGCAGCACAGAUGUCCAAGGCCAGACAGUGAAUACCAUGGCCUGGAUCUGGAGUUGGAUGUGUCUGGUUCUGAAGCCUUCAUCAUCUCUCCAGAGACAUCUGGGACAAACUGCACUCCGAUACAAAUGCCUUAGGACUAUAGAAGAUCAAAGAGAAACUGUUCCACAGGCAGUUUACAACUUGCAGACUAAAGUGAAUCUCUGGACUUCUAAAAUGGAAUAAUUUAGUAAGUCACAUGCAAAUGGCAGGAGGAAGGGAAGGCUGAUCCUCACUAGGACAAUUAAUGAACAAGCAUUCUCUGUCUCUUCUAGAACAAGUUAACAUUAGUUAGUUCUGCCCAACUGUUACCAAGAGGAAUCAGUUAUAACUUCAUUUAUCUAUGAUAUGACAUAUACAACAAAAUUUAAGCUUUCUGAAUAAGAGACACAAACUCUUAAAAAACAAGACGAUUUUCCCCUAAAUAUUCAAUUGAAAAUUUCAGAAACAGUGCUUUUAUUCUAAACAUUCAAAACAACAGUCUUAAAUAUUACUUACCGGUGAUUAAACUUAUGACCAAAGGAAAUCCAGUCCUUUUCAAUUAAUACCUACACAAGAAAGAAUACAAAUAUCAUGGAGAGAAGCAGACGAAAAAUAAGAGACCACACAACCAAUAAUGUUGAGGAAUUCAGAGGCACUUGCAGAAGUCCCCAUCCUCGAGUAACCUGCAAAUGCAUGAACAGGCAUUAUCCACCCAUAUAGAGAUGCACAUGGCAAGGGCAAAGUUGAAGGUCAUCCACAGGAACAGUGAGUGGAAAUGGAUGUAUAAAAACGCAGGAACCCACCCAGUGAAUGCUUCCUAUGUGCCAGGCACUGUUCACAUUGCUUUACAUAUGAUCUCUAACUGUAGGAUAGGUAUUCUCACUCUUUUAGAAGGGGAACUGAAGGAAAGAGGUUUCAUAUUCGCCCAAGAUCAUGCUACUAGGAAGCAGACACCACUUCACAGCCCAGCUCUCUCCACUUCAAACCCUAUCUCAACCAAUGUGUGAUGCUGCCUCUCAGUGUAAUGUAAAUUACCAACCUCUUUACAAAAAACAAUUGGGAAGUUUUUCAGUGAUCUUUUCUACACAUUAGAAGAAUUCUAAAAUGAUGGGGUUUGGGGUAUAUUCAAAGCUUCAGCCCUGCUUUGAAAUUAGGGUUAACAUGAAUUUCUAAGUCUGAAGCAGUCCAGAUUAUUAUUUUUAAAUGUUUAUUUUGGUUUUGUAUUUUAUAUUGUUUUAUAUUUUAAAAUGUAUUUUUGAGACAGGAUCUCACUCAGCCACGUAGGCUGGAGUGCAGUGAUGCGAUCAUGGCCCACUACACCCUUGAACUCCUGAGCUCGCGUGAUCCUCCCACCUCAGCCUAAGUAGCUGGGACCACAGGUGGGCUCUACCACACCUGGCUAAUUUUUUUAAAAUUUUUUGUAGAGACGAGGUCUCGCCAUGUUGCCCCGGCUGGUCUCAAACUCUGGGGCUCCAGCAGUCCUCCUUCCUUAACCUCCCAAAAUGCUGGGAUUACAGGUGUGAGCCACCGCACCCAGCCUGGAUUUUAAAAAGUGUUUAGUCAAGUAAUAUGGAUAGUCUGAUCAAUAUCCUCAACGCUUCCAAGUGGCCAGAGAUUUCCCCUUACAAAGAAAUACGAACUGGUGGAAGUCUGUUCUUGACAACUCGAGACAUUUUCUUUGCGUUGUAAGUUUAAUGGGGCACAAUGAGAAUGAGUUGAUGAUGGAAAAGGAUGUGUGCAGAAGAGCCUAAGGGCAGUGUGUGACUGGCAACCUCUUUACUCUCCAAAUGCAAAUGAAGCAAUCCAGCCCUACUGACCUCAGUCCAGCAGGGAUCUGAAGCAAGAGUAUCACUUUGAGGUGUCAGUGCUAUCACAGGUAACUGGAAGUUCUCAGACACUUCCAAAAAAAUAAAAACAUCCCAGAGAGGGAGCCUGCCUCUUCGCUUUUGUCCGAGGGUGUUGCUGAUAUUACUCAAUAAUGGAGACCCCGCAGUAAAGAUACUCCAUUAGGACUCCUUUGUCAGCAUCUUCUGUAGCACGGAUUCGUGAUUCACUGAAGCACUUUCUACCAAAUCAUGGUUAAGAGGUUAAUUCAUUUUAAGGAACUUAUACCAGAUCAGUGAAAACUUCACCAUCCCAGGCAACUAUACAAUACUCUGUAGUUGAAAGCAACAUGUUACAUUUUGAUGCCCACCUAAAAAGUUCAAACUCUACAGGAUAUACUCGUCAUUUCAGCAAAGAACAACAACAACAAAGGCUGUGAAAUUUUCAGUAUCCUCAUCCAGGGGUGUGAAGGACUACUUAAAAAACAUACCCUGGAAGUGAAAACAGUUUUUCCUACCAAGGACUUUUGGCAUACACAACAUAGAAAAUUUUUUCCCAAAAUAUUUUGUCUAAAAAGUUUUCUGUUAUAUAUUCACGUUACCUCAAACGAAAUACUUAUGAGCAAAUGAUAUAUAAAAUUGUCUUACAAACUACCAAAUAUAUUUUAUAUUUGCCCCAAAACUCAUUCAGUAGCACUGACUUGAAAUGGUUUCAAUAUCCCAGAAAUUCAUCUCUUUAUUCCAGGCCUAUCUGAUCUCUUCCCCUUUAAUCUUGCUGAGCUACUAAAAGAAAAA